AUUGGCAUUUUUCAUUUGAAUCAUUAUCGCGUUAUUUUGAAUCUGUGAUAUCAAAAACUGCACUCCACAAUCAAACAAAAUCAUUUGGCAAUGAGAAGACAUUAAGAUUGAUUCACCAGUGCAAAAUUUAAAAAAAAAAACAUUUUUUAUAUCUCCUCCAUCCCAGUAGUGAUUUCCUCCUGAUUUCGCCAGAGGUGGUUUCUGGAUAGAUGUUGUUGCAGGCGAGCAGGAACUACGCGCUCUCGGGGGCACGCGACGAUUCCCCCGAAUCGCAGCCACUUGAUUUCACGAUGCCGCGGUUCGAUGCGGCCCUGCGCCGGUUGUUCAGGGACGGCGCCGGGGUUGGUGGCAAUCAAUUAGACAGGACGGACAGGGAUAGAGAUAGGAGAGAUUAUCAAAGGGACCAUCAUAGUCAACAACAACAAUCGCCUACUCUUCAGGAUAUGCGGAAAGAUCUAAACGACAGUGACCGCAGUAAAACGCCUUAUGGUGAACUUUGGCCAGAAGAACCGACGUCAUCACCAUGGAGAAUACCAAACCCACAAGCGCUUAGAGAACGAUUAGGUCUACCAGCAUCACCCGACCUCUCGCAAACGAGGAUUGCCAAAACGCCAUCACCGCCACCUUCAAAUGAUGGGGAUGGUUGUGACAGUGGGAGUGAUAGCAGAGAUUGUGACGAGGAUGAUAACGAGGAACGGGGUGCUCUUAACUUGGUGACAGAUUCAUCAAGAACAGAUUCUCCGUCACCACCUCGGCCAUCACAUAAUUCCGGCCCGCCUCUGGGAGCUUUGCCGCCCUUGCAAAUGUACUUGCAGGCCGCAGCCAGUGGCGGAGCAUGCCCCCCAAAUCUUAGCGGACUUGGAGCUCAAGAAUUAGCGGCUUUACAACAAGCAUUACAAGCUCAUCAAGCAAAUUUGCAGCAACAAUUGCAGAAUUUCGUACUGUUUCAUCCGCAACAGCAUGGAGGUCAUCCAAAUUCACCUGGAGGACAAGGGUUGCCUCCUCAAGCUCAAGCUCAAUUAUUCCUGCACAAUCAUCUUCAACAAGCAGUAGCUCAAGCCGCGCAGCAGUUGCAACAAUUACAAAAAUCGCAGCAAAUGCAUUCGAGACAAACAGACUCCCCGCCUAUAAGUUCGCCGCCAAAUGCCGGCCAGACACAAAUUACGCCGCCCAAUGUUGCUGCCCAUCUGGGAGGUUUACUGACACCAUCAACGCCUGGAUCUGGUACACUUACACCACAGAUGGGAAAACAUCCUGGUGCGCCCAGAGCAUUAGAACCAAGUCCAGAAGAAACGACAGACUUAGAAGAAUUAGAACAAUUUGCCAAAACAUUCAAACAACGUAGGAUAAAACUAGGGUUUACGCAAGGUGAUGUUGGUCUAGCAAUGGGUAAAUUAUAUGGAAAUGAUUUUUCCCAAACGACAAUAUCACGGUUUGAGGCUUUGAAUCUUUCAUUUAAAAAUAUGUGCAAACUGAAACCUUUGCUCCAAAAAUGGUUAGAAGAUGCUGACAACACCAUGAACAAUCCCUCCAGUAUGUCAAAUCCUUUGACGACACCCGAAGCAAUCGGCAGGCGGCGUAAAAAACGCACUUCGAUAGAAACAAGUGUGCGUGUCGCCCUAGAAAAGGCAUUUGUGCUUAAUCCUAAGCCAACAUCAGAAGAAAUCGGUACAUUGGCCGAUGGUCUAUGCAUGGAAAAAGAAGUCGUCCGCGUUUGGUUUUGUAACCGAAGACAGAAAGAAAAACGUAUAAAUCCACCUUUACAAGGUGGGCCAGGAAGUCCAAACUCAGGAUCUCCUUAUUCCACGGGUCUGACAUACCCUGGUGGUCCUUUAGCCCUUGUAACAUCAGGGCAAGGUUUGAAUCCGUAUUCGUAUCAGCAAGAAUGA